CAUGGGCAGCAGGAGAGCGGCUGGCACAGCGAGUUCCGGUCCAGGCAGUCUCUCCGCGGCGGCACCAUGCUCUCCAGGGCCUCCCCCGGGCUGUGGAUUACUCUCUGCCUGUAUUGCAGCUGCCGCGUCGGCGGCGGGGACGCGCAGAACGCCAAGGAAGUGAUCCUGCUGGACUCCAAGGCACAGCAGACCGAGCUGGAGUGGAUCUCCUAUCCUCCCAAUGGGUGGGAAGAGAUCAGCGGCCUGGACGAGAACUACACGCCGAUCCGCACCUACCAGGUGUGCCAGGUGAUGGAGCCCAAUCAGAACAACUGGCUUCGGACUAACUGGGUGGAGAAGGGCGACGCCCAGAGGAUUUUCGUGGAGCUGAAGUUCACGCUGAGGGAUUGUAACAGCCUGCCGGGCGUGGUGGGCACCUGCAAGGAGACCUUCAACCUGUACUACCAGGAGACGGACUCGGAGGUGGGCCGCGGCCUGCGCGAGAACCAGUACGUGAAGAUCGACACCAUCGCGGCGGACGAGAGCUUCACGCAGGGCGACCUGGGCGAGCGCAAGAUGAAGCUCAACACGGAGGUGCGCAUCAUCGGGCCGCUGGCGCGCCGCGGCUUCUACCUGGCCUUCCAGGACGUGGGCGCCUGCAUCGCCCUGGUGUCCGUCAAGGUGUACUACAAGAAGUGCUGGUCCAUCAUUGAGAACCUGGCCACCUUCCCCGACACCGUGACCGGCUCCGAGUUCUCCUCGCUGGUGGAGGUGGAGGGCGUGUGCGUGAGCGACGCCGAGGAGGAGGCCGACAACUCCCCCAAGAUGCACUGCAGCGCCGAGGGCGAGUGGCUGGUGCCCAUUGGGAAAUGUAUAUGCAGGGCCGGAUUCCACCAGAAGGGAGACGCCUGUGAACCUUGCGGCCGAGGCUUCUACAAGUCUUCCUCGCAGGACCUCCAGUGCUCCCGCUGCCCGGCGCACAGCUUCAACGACCGCGAGGGCUCGUGGCGCUGCGACUGCGAGGACGGCUACUACCGAGCGCUGUCCGACCCCCCGUCCGUGGCCUGCACAAGACCUCCCUCGGCGCCGCAGAACCUGGUCUACAACAUCAACCAGACCACCGUCGGCCUGGAGUGGAGCCCGCCGGCCGACACGGGCGGCCGCAACGACGUCAGCUACAGGGUCAUCUGCCGGCGCUGCAGCUGGGAGCCCGAGGAGUGCGCCCCCUGCGGGCCCAACGUGGGCUACUCGCCCGCCCAGUCGGGAUUAGUGGACACGUACGUGACCGUGGUGGACCUGCUGGCGCACGCCAACUACACCUUCGAGGUGGAGGCGGUCAACGGGGUGUCGGAGCUGAGCCGCACGCAGAGGCUGUUCGCCGCCGUCAGCAUCGCCACGGGACAAGCAGGUAAGGACUUCACCCCGCUUCUGAUUCCUAACGCUGCUCUGAGACGCUCCACGGGCCGGCCGGAGCACACGGAACACAGGCCGUGA